AGCCGCGCGCAUCUCCGGAGACCCCGCGGGCGCUAGGACCGCCUCGCCGCCGGCUGCAGCCAGUGCUGGGUAUAAAUGCAGGGCAUGUGGGUCUGUUUGCAGUUUGCAUGAGGAUAAACCAGCCUGGGAGGGAGCCCAAAGUGGGGGGGGGGCCGGAGGAGCCUUGCUGGGCCCGCGCCGCGCUGCGUAACGGGCGCGCCCAGCCUCUCCAAAUCCCUGGCAGCCUCCGCGGACCCGGGAGCGGAGUUAAAGACCCCAGACGUGGACGAGGAGGAGGAGGUCCUGGUUUCUCUGCUGCAAGAAGGAAGAGAAAGGAGAGGCACGUGGUCGGUGUGCAGAGAAGAGGCGCAGGGUCAUCCUUGCAGCUUGCAAGGGUGGAGCGCCCCCCCCAAAGCCCACCAGCUGCAGCCCUUCGGUGCGCGCAGGCAAGAGGCGGAAGGGAGAGCAGGAUUGCAAGCCGCGGCCAGGUUAAUGGCACCUGCGCCUUGCAGCAAGAGGUUUAAUUGCGAUUUAAAAGGAGAGGAAGAAAGAAGCAAUGAACUAAAUCUCGCACCUGGAGGGAGCUGGUGACACCUGAGCCUGAGAGAAGGGAAGCUAUUCUGUGCCAGCCUGGUGGGCGGAUGGGCCCUGGAAGCGAUUCGCUGAGGCUCUUUCCGAUUUGCAAGAAAUGACCGCUGCUCCUGGGAUGUGAGCCUCUGAACCUCUCCGGACAGCUUCAGAAGGACCUUUUGCUCUUCCCGCCGCGCGACACCCCUGAAAGGUGGUCUCUUGUUGCUUACACAGGCAUGUAGCCAGGCUCCCCUUCCCCAUUCCUUCCUGAAUCCGCAAGCCACUCUUCGUUCGGUGCCCCCUUUGUGCCCUGGGGUCCUCUGGAUGUAGCUUGCCUUGUCCCUGGCACCAAAACUGGCCUCUCUUUCUCUGUGUGCAUAAGGUGCCCGAAAUCUGGUACUCAGGGCAUCACACUGGAUGAUUCUGUGCCAUCUGUCGCUUUAGCAAGAGUCUGUUCUGUUAAUUUCCCCCUCCCGGGCCUUGGCAUGCGCUGGGCAAAGGGCUUCUAGAGUCCCGGCGGCCAUGGACCCCUCCGCAGCCGACGCCGCCUUCUCGGACGUCCACCUGUGCGGCUACCUGCGCAAGCAGAAGUCCCACCGCCGGCGCUUCUUCGUCCUGCGGCGCGGCAGCGAGCGAGGCCCCCCUCGCCUGGAGUACUACGAGAACGAGAAGAAGUUCCGGGCGGGGGGCCUCUGCACGCGCCCCAAGAGGACUUACCUGCUAGCCAGUGCCCUCAACGUCAACAAGAGGGCGGAUGCCCGGCACAGGCACCUCAUCGUGCUCUACGGGCGCGACGGCACCUUCGGGGUGGCAGCCGAGGACGCGGAACAGCAGCAGGCGUGGUACGCGGCGCUGGUGGAGCUGCACUCCAAGGGAAAUGCCCCCCUCGGCCGCGAUUCUGCCUCCUCCCCCCGCCCGCCCUUCAAGGAGGUCUGGCAGGUCAGCCUGCGCCCCCGGGGCCUGGGCCACACGCGCAACUUGGCCGGCGUCUACCUCCUCUGCCUGACGGAGAAGACCAUCGACUUUGUCCGGCUGAACUCGGACGUGGCUGCCGUGGUCCUGCAGCUGCUCAGCGUCCGCCGCUGCGGCCACUCGGAGAACUACUUCUUCAUGGAGGUUGGGCGCUCGGCCACCACGGGGCCCGGCGAGUUGUGGAUGCAGGUGGAGGACCUGGUGGUGGCGCAGAACAUGCACGAGACCAUCCUGGAGGCCAUGAAGGCCCUGAGCGACGACUUCCGGGUCCGUGCCAAGAGCCAGCCGCUGGCCUCCACGCCCAUCUCGGUACCGCCCCGGCGGCAGCACCCAGGGAACCCUCCAGCCGCCCAGGGCACCUUCCUCUGGCGCCCGCGUCCGGAGAGCACCCCUUGCCUUCCCCACGUGCCUGGGGCGCAGAAGGUGCCCGGGCCACGGAAGCCAAGUUCCCUGAGCGACUGCAGUGCCGUCUCGUCGGACGAAGGCGGUUCCAGCCCUGGCGAGUGCCGUCCUGCCAGGACGCCCGACCCCCUGGCCUACCUGCUGGUGGGAGGCGAGCUAGACUACGUCACCAUGGGCAAGAGGGCAUCCCCGGACAGCACCUCGCUGGCGCGUUGGGCGGCGGCAGCGGAAGCCAACAAGCGAGCCUCUCUGCCCCCGGUGGCGCUGGAGAAGGAGGCCCUGACGCGGAGGAAGCCGCCCGCCGUCUCCGCCAGCUACCCGGAAGGCCUCAACCUCCGCGGGUCCGACCCCGGCUAUAUGGCCAUGCUGCCUGGCGUGCCCACGGAGGACCGCGGCUAUGUGCCCAUGGCACCGGGCAGCGCCUCCCCGUCCCACGAGCAAGGAGGCUACAUGCUGAUGUCCCCCAGUGGCGGCAGCUCCCCGGACGGCGCGGCCCGGUGGGCGAAAUCCCCCGCCGGCGGCGACUACAUGGAUAUGUCGUCCGCCAGUCACUCGGCUUCCAGCACCCCGCCGGAGCGCAGCCCCCUGCCCGGCGGCGCCCCCUUCUUCUCCCUGCCCCGCUCCUUCAAGCACGUCCCGGGGGCCACACUGCGCCCUUUCGACCCCCGCCACCUCUCCGGGUCCUCGUCCACAAGCUCCGACAGCCUGGAGGAGGCGGGCGGACACUCCCGGACCCUCUUCGCCUGCCGGGAAGCGGCAGCGCCGCCCCGCAGCGCUGGCGAGUACGUCAGCAUCGAGUUCGGGUCCUGGGCGGCCGCAGACUACAUCAACAUGUCGGCCGGGGCUGCGCCAGAGGGACUCGCCCCAUCGGCAUCUGACAACUACGCCGAGAUGGCGCCCGGGGCCCGGCUGGUACGUGCCCGCACGCAAGGGAGGAGGCGUCACUGCUCCGAGACGUUCCCCGAGGCGGAGAGGAAUGGGGUGGGGCCCCAGGCUGGAGAGGCGCAAGUCGAGCCAGGCCUGAACUACAUCGACUUGGACCUGGCGAAUGAGGCGGCGCCUGUCCUGCGGCUGCCAGCGGUGCCCGCCCCACCUGGAGUGAUCCACAGCUAUGCCAGCAUUGACUUCCACCGUUCUGGGGAGCUUCGGGGGCAGAAGGCGAGCUCAGAGGGGGCAGAUUCCUGAUUCCGCCAACAAGGAAGAUACGCAAACCGGCCUCCCUUGUCGCCGACAUCAUUUUUCACGAUUGUUGGGUUUUUUUGCACUAUAGCAAUAUUGGCUUCUCUAUUUUUUCCACCCCUUGGCCGCAGUUCAUUGGACUUAAAGUGCCUUUUUUUGGGGGUGUUUACCCCCCCUUCCGCAUGGGAGAACUCUGGAAUUGUGCCCUAAUCUGCUUGCCACCAAAGAUGUGUAUGUGUUU